AUGUGUACCCAAGCCUAUGGUUCUUUUUCUUUAGGCCACAAAGCAUGGUUUAUGUGUACCCGAGCCCACGGUUCUUUUUCUUUAGGCCACAAAGCAAGGUUCGUGUGUACCCAAGCCUAUGGUUCUUUUUCUUUAGGCCACAAAGCAUGGUUCAUGUGUACCCAAGCCCACGGUUCUUUUUCUUUAGGCCACAAAGCAUGGUUCAUGUGUCCCCAAGCCUAUGGUUCUUUUUCUUUAGGCCACAAAGCAUGGCUCAUGUGUACCCAAGCCCACGGUGCUUUUUCUUUAGGCCACAAAGCAUGGUUCAUGUGUACCCAAGCCUAUGGUUCUUUUUCUUUAGGCCACAAAGCAUGGUUCAUGUGUAACCAAGCCUAUGGUUCUUAUUCUUUAGGCCACAAAUCAUGGUUCAUGUGUACCCGAGCCCACGGUUCUUUUUCUUUAGGCCACAAAGCAUGGUUCAUGUGUACCCGAGCCUAUGGUUCUUUUUCUUUAGACCACAAAGCAUGGCUCAUGUGUACCCAAGCCUAUGGUUCUUUUUUUUUUAGGCCACAAAGCAUGGUUCAUGUGUGCCCAGCCCACGGUUCUUUUUUCUUUAGGCCACAAAGCAUGUGUACCCAGCCUAUGGUUCUUUUUCUUUAG